AUGAUGGACCAGGUACUUGCCAAAGUGCGAGAGGCCCGCGAGGUCCAAAAAGAUAGCGACAAGAAACUGCAAGAUGCAGUGCGGGAGGCCACGGAUGCCUGGGCAGAGACUUCUGCGGCGAGCAUGUCGUCUCUGAUGUCCAAGGAGUUCGGGAAGAUGUCUCAGGGAGUGGCCUCGAACCUGGCGCAGCAGCUGUCCCAAUCUCGGAAGUUCUGCGAGACGUUGGCAAGAGGCGUUCAGAAGUCGGGUGCGGCCGCAACCAAGCAGGCCUUGGAGUCCUUGCGGCCGCCCAAGCAACUUCAGGAGGCCGUGGGUGCCGCCCUUGGGGAGGCUCUCCAGGAGUCUCUUGCACCAGUCUUCAAGGCGGAAAUCCAGUCGCACUUCGAGAACGAGCUCGGGCCCUUGAUCGGCCACCGGGUCAGUGAGAUGUUGACCGCUUUCCGGGACUCCAUGACGGACUGCCUGGAGUCCAUCGCUGCGGAGCACGAACAGGCGGCCGAGCGACUCGGCAGAGACUUGGCCCCGCUCAUUGCAGAGGAGCUGAGACAGGUCCGGCACUUGGUGCAGUCCUCGUCAGGCGGAUCCAGUGCUAUGCAGGAGGCAGAGUUGGAGGAACUCAUGCGAGCGGUGGAGACGGAGGUAAUCCAGCCUUUGCACGCGCGAGUCAAGGAGCUGACAGCACAAGUUCAGGCAUUGCGCGAAGAAGCGGUGGAGCUCCAGCGGCGCAGUGCAGAGAGCCAAGGUGUACGAGAGAUCACCCCCGCGUCCGAGGCUGCGCAGGCAAAAGAGCUGGAGAGCAUGUUUCGUCACGGUCGUGUGGAAGACGCUUUCCUGCGUGCCAUCCAAAAGCAGCGCCAAGCAAGACACUGUGAUUUCCUGGAGUGCCUUUGUGCUCUUGUGCCGGAGCCGGAAGCCUGGCUCACAGAGGAUUCUUCUGGAAGCCCGAUUUCUCCUCAGGUCAAGAUGAAGCUCAUGCACGCGCUUGCGCUACAGUUGUCCGAGAGGUUGGAGGAGCCGGUCUUCCUACGGAAGGUGGAUUGGAUACAAGAGCUGUGGUUGGCCAUGGACCUCGAGGACGAGGCCGUGGAUCGCCAGGCCAAAGGCCUCUGUGCUCAGCUCAUCGAGGCCUUGGACAGCGCGCAAGCUGAAGGGCCUUCGAAAGAGCAGGCACUCCGGAAGCUGAAGCGCACACUGCAACAAGCGGCGAAGAUGCUUGCACGCGACUGA